AUGUCUUCCGACGACAGAGCGAACAGGCUUCGCACCAACGACUUGGAGCUGGGUGUGACGCAUGCCAUCCAGCGACACGUCACUCGAAACGUCGUCGCCCCCAAGCCCGUCACCCAGCGCAAGCUCAACUUCGAGGAGCGCCGUCCGCGGUGGCUCCGCGAGUGCCUGGCCGAGGCCACGGGCGUCUUCUUCUACGUCUUCACCGGGACGGCCUCCAUAGCCUCCUUCACGCUCAACGGCACCAACCCCCUCGGCGUCGCGGCCUUUGGCAGCCUCUUCCAGAUCGGCUGGGCCUUUGCGCUCGGCAUCGCCUUUGCCAUCAUCACCUGCGCCCCGACGUCCGGAGGCCACUUCAACCCGGCCAUCACCGUCGCGCUCUGGCUCUGGCAGGGGUUCCCGACCAAGAAGGUGCCGUACUACAUCUUCAGCCAGAUCCUCGGGUCCUUUGUCGCGGGGCUCCUCGUCAUGGGCAUGUACUGGCCGCAAAUCUCCGACAUGAAGGCCGAGCUGCUCGCCGCCGGGAAGCCCCUGGUGGCCAACGGCGCGCCCGCCAGCAUCCUCUGCCCGUUCCCGAACCCCGACCAGACGAACCUGGGGUACGUCUUCCUCACCGAGUUCUUCGUCGACGCCUUCAUCGGCCUCGUCAUCUGGUCGUGCCUCGACCCCGCGAACCCGUUCGUCAGCGCCACCGGCGCCCCCUUCGUCAUCGGCCUCGCCUACGCCGCCAUGGUAUGGGGCUUCGCCGACAUCACCAUCAGCACCAACAUGGCCCGCGACCUGGGGAUGCGCAUCGUCGCGGCCAUCUUCUUCGGCAAGGAGGCCUUCACCUACAUGGGGUACACGCCCAUCAGCGUGCUCGUCAACAUCCCCGCCACGCUCUUCGCGACGGGGUACUACGAGCUGCUGAUGCGGGACAGCCUGCUCAGCAUCAGCAAGGGGCACGCGGUGCACGAGGACGGGGAGGACGGGCUGAUUCGGCACAUUAGCAUGGUGUCCAAGGGAUACGACGACGACGAGGCCGUCGACAGCCGGCGUCGCGACAACAAAGAGUAG